GUGGAAGUAUAUAAAAGCCUGGAGAUAACAGAUCUUCUGGAAAUACAGGGGACAAAUGCAGUUAAUGAUAGAAGAGGUUUGCAUGAAGAGGGUCGGGUGGCCAAAUUAUCUCCUCUGAUUCUCCGAAAACCUCUGGAUUCUGCCGACUCAGGGAAUAAAAUGAAUAGGUCCAGAUCCUUACCCCCAGUUCCAAAACGAGAUUUCCUUUACGGCAAGGAUUAUGUACGAGAGAGAGAAUCAAAGACCCCAACUCCGCAAAUAUCUCGGUCAACUACUCCGAUCCCGGAACCUAUCUAUCGAUCUCCGACUCCUGCCCGUAAAUGGGCAGAGGAACAAAUAGAGCCUACAUCUAUUGAGUAUGCUGAAAUAGAUUAUGAAGAUACAAACCAGGAUCAGGAGAACGACAAGUAUUUUCAGAAACAAGAGAAGAAGAAGUUCUCCCUAGAUCAGAAGAAAGUCCUAAAAGUUGCUCUAAAUCUAUACGGAGAAGAUCUAAUCUAUGAUUGUUUAACAAAAAAUGUGAAAAUUGAGUUGAGGCAAACAGUAUUAGAGGAAUUCAAAUACAAAUUCGAGAAGAACGCUGAGAAAGGUUCCAAAAGAAAGCUGGUAAAAGGAACACACCAGGUUCUUGUGUUCCUUCUCAAGGAUAAAAUAGCCUCUGUGUUCCAAACAGCUUGUGAUAUCACAUGCAAACUAUACCAAGAUGUGAUUGAUAAUUCUAUUGAUCAAAGCCUGCUGACCUCCACAACAAGAGAACUGUUUUCUAUAUUAAUGUUGAGGGCAUCCGAAAAUGUACCCCGUGUGGCAGAAGCAGCCCUGAAUACUAUUCACUGUAUAAUAAAGUGUGAGGAGGUAGAACAUCUAUCUGUUCUAGAUGAUCUACUUACAGAGGAUAUUCAACAGAAAUCCUUGGCUGUGGUGACAAGCAUAAGAGUUGAUUUAGUCACUUUUCUAAUCACAUUUUAUGGAAUUAGUGAUGAUCCAAAAGAUUCAAUGAGUAUAAGAAACCUGUCUAAGCUAAGCCUAGGAGCUCUAGAACAUACUAGUUCUAUUGUAAGGGAAGCUGGACAAGAACUAGUAUUAUUACUCUACAGGAAAGAUCCAAGGAUUGUGAGACAGACACUGGAGAAAGUUCCCGGGAAUCGGAAUAUAAAGAAAAUUAUUGAAAUUUUUGAUCAAAUAGAUUCAAACAAAACCUAGAGAUUUCGUGAAUUGUUCUGAAAGUACAAAGUUCUAUUUCUGACAAUUGACGGAAAUAUACAUUCAUGAAAACAAACUUCUUAGAUACAAACUACUGCAAUAUAUACUCCUGAAAUACAAACUCCUGAGAUAUUAAGUCAUGAAAACAAACUUCUGAAAUACAAACUCCUGAAAUAUAAACU